ACGAGCAGCAACGUUUGCAUUCACAACGCACCAACGCAGUUGAAAAUUUCGAAAUCUUUCUUGAAGUUCACGACCUUUUUGUCAAUAUGAAGAGUUUUACCUUCGGUCUUGUUCUCGUUGUCAUGGGAGUUUGCAACGCCGCAGAAAUUCCCGCUGAAAUCAAAGGCAUGGUUGCCGGAUUACGUGAAAAAUGCCACAGAGAAACCGGAGUGGACAUUGAACACGUCGACCGGACGGUAGAUGGAUACUUCCAUCCGAGCGAAACUCUUGGCUGCUACUUCUCGUGCAUCUUCAACGCCUUCGACGUUCUCGACAAAGACGGACACGUAGACUGGGACAAAGCCAUCACCAAAUUGGAAGCCGUCGAAUCCAUGAAGGAACACGGCAUGGAAAUGAUCAACGCCUGCAGAACCGUCACCGGCAAGAAUCCCUGCGACGCAGCUUUCAAUAUCGUGCAGUGCUUCCACAAGACCAAUCCCGAGAAAUAUUUCGUCAUUUAAAAGUAUCGCAGCGGCCGGAAGAUCGCCUUGAAAUCCAAAAUUUCAAACUACUACCGUUUAAUUACUUCGAAAUAACCCUAAUGAACUUAUACAUUAUGAAAUGAAAAAAAUAAAUAAAUAAAAAUCGCCAAUUAGAAAAA